UUGCCAGCUCACAGACACCACACACAUACACAUACACAUCCAGCCUGUAAGGGUGAAAUGAAGAUCCUUGAUGAGGCUCCUGGGAGUGAGACAGACAGAGCGAGCGACCAAGAGCGAGGAGAUCGAUACGAGACAUCCCAUUAUCAGAGUCCACUCCUUUCUGAUCCAUGGAAACCAUGCAGGCAGACCCGUGCAGUUGUCAAAGAGUGGUCGAUGCAGCUGAGGUGCUGUCUCGGAGCAGUGUGUGGGAUGCAGUGGUACAGCUAUGCUGCUCUGGGUAUUAUAAUGGCCUUCCUCAGCUUUCUCAUGGACCUGAGUGUAGCAAAACUGCUGAGAGCCCACCAGUGGCUUUAUCUGAAGCUGGAGGGCAACAGCCUGCUGCAGUUUGUCUGUUGGACUCUUUACCCAGCAUGCCUCUGUGCUGUCGCGUCAUCAUUUUCCCACAACAUCUGUCCCUUUUCCACAGGCUCAGGGAUACCAGAGGUGCGAACUAUGCUGGCUGGAAUAGAAAUGCCUCAUUACUUGUCUCUCACUAAUAUGUUUACCAAGUUCGUUGGUCUUAUCUGUACACUGUCAGCCGGCAGCACAGUGUUUCUGGGGAAAGUGGGUCCAUUUGUGCAUCUUUCCACCAUGGUGGGAGCUUAUCUGAGCAAACUCUGCGCUCGUGUACAAGACAGGAACAAGGACAAAGAAGCAGGAGAAAUGCUGGUUGUAGCUGCUGCAGUCGGCGUAGCCAGCUGCUUCAGAGCUCCAGUCAGUGGUGUGCUGUUCAGUGUGGAGGUGAUGUGUUCUCACUUUGCCUUGAGUCAUUACGUCCCUUGUUUCUUCUCUGCUGCCUGUGGAACUCUGACCUUUGGCCUCUUCACAGUGUGGAGUGGAGACAGAGAGACUCUUCAAGCAUUGUUUAAAACUAAUUUCCCCACUGCUUUACCCUUUUACCCACUGGAGAUUGUGCUGUUUGGUUUCCUUGGGCUGCUGUGUGGAGCCGUGAGCCGCUGCUACCUCUUCUGCCAUCAGUGGAUGCUGCAAUUUACCAAAACAAACUCAGUCCUAGUGAAAAUGCUGACGACAGAGAAAGCUCUGUACUCAGGCAUGGUGGCGUUCCUCUUGGCAUCUGUGACAUUUCCUCACUUUGCUGGUCAACACAUGGCUUCUCAGUACACCAUGAAGCAGCUCCUCACCUCUUUGUUGGACAGCAGGCCGUGGAGCUCUCACUUCCAUAAUGCCUCUGAGCAACUGGAGCCCGAGCCUCUGUCAGAGUGGAGCACAUCAGGGAACUCUGUCUUCUUGUCUCUGGCUGUCUUUCUGCUCAUGAAGAUGUGGAUGUUGGUGCUCGCCUGCACUCUGCCUGUUCCAGCUGGAUACUUCAUGCCUGUCUUUGUCUACGGAGCAGCUUUGGGCCGUUUGCAUGGAGAAGGAGUCGCUUAUUUGUUUUCCACUGCAGUGACUUCAGACUGGCACUGGGCUUCCAUAAAUCCUGGAGGCUACGCACUGGCUGGUGCAGCGGCGUUAUCUGGAGCUGUGACACACACCUUGUCUCCUGCUCUGCUGGCGAUGGAGCUGACCGGUCAGUUCAGUCAUGCUGUUCCAGUUCUCCUGGCCACUCUCCUGGCCAACGCCCUGGCUCGCUCCCAGCAGCGGCCAUCUUUCUAUGACGCCCUCUCCAUCAGUAAGAGGCUCCCUCACCUGCCAUCACUGAAGAAAGCAUGUCCUCUGCUUCCGUCCACAGCGGUUGGACAACAUUUGGGAGUGAAAUUGGUGCAGCUUCAGAAAGCAGCCGGUCCAGCAGAGAUUCAACAUGCUGUCAACACCAGCAGUGAAACACAAUUCCCUGUGGUGGACUCACACGUGUCGCAGAUUUUUCUGGGGUUUGUGCUUCGAUCAGAGCUGCUGAUUCUCCUGCGUCACUCAAAGACUGAGCCUCUGGAGAAACAUCUAGAUGAAGUCUGCUGCAUUCACCCGGCCUCUGUCCUGGUAUCACCUCACAGCACAGUCCAGGAGGUCCACAGUUUACUGAGUGUUGUUGGAGCACAGACGUUAUAUGUGACAGAUAGAGGAAGGCUGGUCGGGACACUCACAUGGUCAGAGAUGAAGAGAAUAUUAGAAGACUUGGCCAAAGAAAUCUAAGAAGUGACACGGGAAAUCUCUUCAAAUCCAAAUCCAUCUCCAUCCAAUUAUCCUGUAACAAAUGCUCCAGCUCUGAUAAUGAUGUCACAUCUGCAUCAAACAAUUGCACACAAACACAACUGUCAUUAACUGCAGUCUCUUAUCUUAUCUGAGGUUAAUGUCUAUUUCAUUAAAUGGAGAUUGGACGUGUGUCUCAGUCCGCAGACAGCACGUGGUAAAGCAGCUUCUGACGAUGAAAAGAAAAGGACCGCAUCAUAACACACCACUUAACAUGAUAAUUACUGACUGUUGUGUUUCACUGAUCUUUCAUCUCUUCUUAUUCUUUGUUUUACUGUUAGAACAAAGCAGACUUUAUGUUAAUAUAUUCAUAUUUUAAAGACUUAAA